GGUCACGAGGGACGCUAUUGUGUUCAAUAUACACACACUGAAAUUGUUAUCGGGUGCCUUUAAAAAACACACACUAACCAUUUCAGUAUUUCAUCCUUAUCUGAAAGAUAAACCCAAGUAAGAUUUCGUGUUUCAGGGAUUUUAAGUACACAGCUUGACCAUCUCCAGGCGAUGUCCGACACAGACUUGGAGCAGAAAAGUGUUAGCUACGAUGACGCUGUUGAUGGCACCAUGGUGGCUGAAGACUUGCCCAUCUACGUCGAGUCCACGUCGGAGCCAUACGACCCAGGAGCCAUGUCGACCUAUAGCGAAUCCCAGACUACGUCACAACAUGAGGCUAAUGCCACCACUGAACAAGAGACCGAGAUCGAUGACCCAGAAGGUGCCAGAAACAUUGUCGACCCUGACGUGGACACUAGACCAGCCAGUGUUAUCGAGGCCAUAGCUGCUAUGAGGCGGUCAAUAAUUAUGCCGGACAUAGACCCAGAAACACGAGCUAACCAAGAAGUCAUUCAUACUCGCUAUGGAAGCUGUGACAUACACCAGUGUGGGAGAGUUUAUUUGAUCGUUGAACGGAGAAACUGCUGUGACAGGUUACAAGAUUUUGUGAGGUCUCCUAAAUGCCCGUCAUUGUCCGGAGUGGUGGCCCUCUUCUUGGGCUGUGUAGUGCUGUUGUUGUAUGCCGCGGCCAUCCAUGGCGUCGAGGUGGAUAUCCGACAGAGAAUGAUACUGAGGCCGAAUGAUUCGGUCUGGGAAAACCCGAAUGGUGACAUCAUUCUGAGAGUGUACUACUUCAAUGUAACCAACUGGAUUGAUGUGUUCCAACAUGACGCGCGACCAAUUAUGGAAGAAAUCGGACCUUUUGUGUACAAAGGAACAGAAACCAGGCACGGAUUGAAGUGGGCCACCAAAAAUGAGUCCGUCUGCUACGCAGACACAUUCGUGUACAAGUUUGAUCGAAACCUGUCUGUCGCCUCCGAAGGAGUAGAGAUACUGACCGUCGAUCUUGAGGCUCUGCCACGUGGACAGACCAAUGUAUCAACCCGUUCAACGUUAGGGACUCGCACGGUGCACACACUGAUGAACGAUGUCGUCAGACGAUAUUCUAUCGAGGAGCUAGAAACUGAGUUCAACAUCUUCAGCUCGCUUGAUUAUUACCCAAUGGAUGUAGAUAAUCAAACAGUGAAUAUCAAAAACGGCUCCGAAACAUUUCGACUGUGUGUGGAAAGUGGCAGCACCAAUCUCUCUCGCUUCAACAACAUCUAUUCUUGGAACAACAAGGAAAACUUGGACUACUGGUCAACUAAAGAAGCCAACCAAAUCUAUGGUCGUGAUGGCACAUCAUUCCUACCAUUUGUGAGCUCAUCCAGUCGUCUGGUGAUUUUCGAUCCGCGUAUGUACAGAAAGUUUUUUCUUGAAUACAAGGAGGUGACAUCUUCGUAUGGUAUCGAUAUUCAUCGCUAUAUCAUUCCCGAUUCCGAGUUCUCUAAUGACACUCAGCAUGCAUAUUCAAACGAUACCGUUGAGGAAGACUUCGAAAAUCAAACAGCCCACUUCCUCGGACUUCAACAAGCUGCUGAUGGAAACUCGGCAGACGAAAGUGCCAGAACUGUAGCAGAACUUCGAGAAGACGAGCCUUUGACCCGGAUCAAUGGUAACGGUUACUGUACGCCUGAUUGUGUACCGUCUGGACUCUAUUCAAUACGUACUGUUAAAGAUAACCAGCCUCUCUUCCUUUCACUGCCCCACUUUCUUGGAGCUGACCAGUACUACACGAAUCAAACUCUGGGGAUGAAACCAGACGAGUCCAAACACAGACCAGGUUUUGACGUACACCCGUUGACUGGUCGAGUGUUUCGACAGCUCAGAAGACACCAGUUGGUGGUGCUUAUCGACUUGAUUGACACCAAGUACUAUAUACCAACGUACUGGAUAGAAUACGAUUUGACAGCUAGUAAAGAAAUCAUCGACGAAGCUUAUUGGUUCAGCUUCAAGUAUUACGCCCUGCACGUGCUGAUGUACUUCCUGUUGGCGAUAGCGGGACUUUGUCUCAUCCACGUGAUAAUGGCGGCGGCCAAGAAGUGUUGCACUUUGGACUGCUGUCAAAGCAGAUAUCAAGACUUAAGACCCAGAGCCCCAUGUUGUUGUCACUGCUGUACACCCUUCUACCGGAGAUUUACCUACUUCAUGUUUCGCAUUGGGGCUGAUGAUUGACAGUGCACAUUGAGACGAUUGACAAUGCUUAGCCUCCUGUGUGAUCUUCUCCAUCGAAAUGUUGUAAUUUAUUAUCCCAAAAUGUUAUCCUACAUUGUUAUCCUUCAUUGUUAUCCUAGUCUAUCGUUGCCAAAAAAUGUCCACAAAAAGGUCAGAGGUGAAGAGCACUAAACUCCACAAUUACCAUUGUUUCAUAAUUGGUAUUGACAUUAUACUGUGAAAGUGUUUAAAGUAUUACAAUAAAGUUAUAUUAUUAUU